UACGCUUGAUGAAAUAAAGACCUAGCAUUUUCUUCAAAGAGAAUCGCCUCCCUCUUGUUCUUGUCGAGCCGCCGCCUCCAAAAGCAAGAGUUUCUGUUGUUUUAUCACGGAGAUUCACCUCAGCCGUGUGGAACUUCUCAACAAUGGGAAACGAAGCUGCAAAUGAUCAAUCAAUGAUGGAGAUUUUGAGGAAGAUCCAAGCUGACUUCACAGUCUUUGGUCAACGACUUGAACGUGUUGAACAACGAAAUCAGCCAAUGCCGGUGUUAAACAACGGUCUGGGAUUGGGUCAAGUUCCUCCGGAACGUGGCGAGGCUGCCAAUGCCAAUGCUCGGAAUGACCAACAGGAAUCUGCCUCUAGCAGUGACGAUCCAGACAACAUGGUACAGAAUCGAAGAGGACGGAAUCGAGGCAAUAGACGGAGGCAAAACAGGGGACAUUACUCCGAUGAUGACAGCGAUCCGGGUCGUAUUGACAAUAACCGGAGAGAUAGAGGUGGAGAGAACCAGCGGAGAAGGAAUCCAAGACAAGCUAAUGCCGAUGGCGACGAACCACCAGCCCGAAACACAAACCAUGAGCUGAAGCUUAAGCCACCACUCUAUGCAGGAAAAGUUGAUCCAGAAGCUUAUAUUGAUUGGGAAAAGAGAAUGGAUCACAUCUUUGAAGUUUACACUUAUACUGCCAGCGACUUCGAAUAUCCAGAGCUCGACACCAAGAAUGACUUCCCGAACAAGAUAGAAGAAGGACAAGACAAGCUACUCGUAUUGGUUGAGGAAGCUGAAGCAAGAGACCAUCAAGACCAUUUGUUCUCGUCAUUCCAUGGACCAUGGCCUAUGAUCAUAGCUCAAGCCGGUUGUACCGUCACCACUAUCACGAGCUCUUAAGCCAAGUAAGUGUUUCAAUCCAUUUAUUUUAUUUCUAACAGUUUGUUCAUGCGUGUUUCUUCUUAUUUCUGGUUUAGGAGAACUUUCUUUUAUUUACAAACAAUUAUUGUAUUUUGGUUAUUUUCUUCGUUUCCUUUUUUGUAUUUCUUUUGUGAUUUGUAAGAGGCUGAUGUGGCCGUGGAGAGCUUAUAAAAGCACCACAAAAACCCUAUGUAUUUUUUACGCUUGAUGAAAUAAAGACCUAGCAUUUUC